AUGGAGUACAAUUAUAUUUGGGAAGACUGCAUAAACAAAUUAGAUGAUCUCGAUUAUCCCAUUGAUAAUCUCUCAGACGCCGUUCUUCCCGUUUUCCCCUUGAAGGAUGAUCCUGUCGUUGGACCGUUGGUAAUUCAAUUAAUGACUGACAUUCAAUCCAUGGAAAUCACUCUCUCUGAAGGAAAGGCGAUGAGCAUUCGUUAUGGUCUGGAUGACUUUCUCGUAUUUGCAUUCCAGAGAGGUUAUUUGUUCACUGGAAAAGAUGACACUAAAAACUGGCUGCUAGCAAUAAACUUUUUGAUCGAUGAGUUGCAGAUGAAUCGUGUGCUCUACUAUCGAAGAUGCCAUGCAAAGCACAGCCUCAUCUCCCCUAACAAAAACAUCAGUGUGCUCAACGAGAAGGUGGAAACGCUCUGCAAUGAAGCAGGUUCCUACAACCCCUCUUCCUCUCUUGAGUCAAAUCUGCAAUCGGUGUAUCAAUACGUGGAGCAGAGAAACCCCUAUCUGCUGGAUCGUUCCGCGUAUUCCCCGGAACAAGUUCAAAAGCUUGCGAAGUAUGGAGAAUUCUGUAAUUCUCUGUAUCACGAUAAAAAGAUUAUGAUGAUCCAAGUACAUUAUUUGACUCAUUUCUCCCUCUCCAGCGAUUGGACGUCACCAUUCAAAGCCUUCUCUGGAACCAAGCUUUCGAGCUGGAUACUUCUCUGAUCGAGUCGCUUCGAAACGAAAUCGAUAUCACUCACCAUUUCGGAGUGGAGGACGUUUUCCAGUCUCGACGGAGCGUAUCCAUCUGUUUAUAUUACUGUAAAAUCGCUAGUUGCUAAGCCGCGUCUUUAAAGUGAGUUCAGGAACGCGAUAUUUUAAGGCGAGUUUCCGGAGUAAGCACAUUGGCGCGAUGCCGGAUCGUGGCGGACGCAUUGUGCUGGACACAGAGACGCAGACAAGGAAAAACGACUUGACGAUGGUUGGUGAUGAGGAAGGGUGUUUUAUGGGAAGGGAAAACGAACAAUGAAGGGAGCGGUGAGCGAGAAGGAGAAGACGAGUCGAGUGAGCGACGGAGCUAACGGAAACGGAAAAGGAAGCGGAAGCGGAAACGGAGAGUUCAGCGAGGCGCAGAAGGUUAUUUCGGUCUUUGGGUCGCAGAUGCAGAAGGACAAUGUGGUGAGAGCGUCAAAUACCAACCGACGGAUGUGAGUGUGAAGAAUGAAAGAAGGGGCGAGAGAUAAAAGAAGGAGCAAAGUUGAGUAGUUCGUGCUUG